UUAUACACAUCUCUGCGUCUUCUUUGGUCAAAUGAUACCAAUCUCAACAAAAAAGAAGAAAAAUAAAAAUCCAAUCUUGCGUACACAUCUCCUCCUCCUCCUUCUCUCUCUCUCUCUUUCACACCGUUUCAUCUUCACUUUAGUCUGAAUUCGAAUUUGGGUUCCUGGGUUUCGAUUGGAUGGUGAGUUGGGUCUCGCCGGGAAAAUGGAGUUGAGUUUGGUAAGGAUGAAUUAGGGUAUCUACAGUGCUCAUCUCAUGGGUUGCAUAAUCUCAAAGAAGAAGUCUCCAAAGAGAAACCAUCAUCAUCAAAGGAAAGAGUCAUCGGAGAAGCGUUCUUCUUCCAGGAUUGAUGAUUCGAGCCAGAGUAAAGAAGAGCAACAAGACAGAUCCAAGUUCAGUUCAACUAGGUUGUCUCCGGAGAUUGCAGAGAUUGGUGACACGGAUGAAGAUGAAGAUACGGAACUAAAGAGAGAGCCUAGUACUGUUGUUGCUAAAGAAGAACCCGAGGUGGCUGCAGGAUGGCCUGCUUGGCUAGUCUCGGUGGCUGGUGAAGCCCUUGUGGGUUGGACUCCCCGUCGUGCUAGCACCUUUGAGAAACUCGAGAAAAUUGGACAAGGCACGUACAGCAGUGUCUACAAGGCGCGUGAUCUCUUGGAUAACAAGAUUGUCGCGCUUAAAAGAGUCCGGUUUGAUCUCAGCGAUUUAGAGAGUGUUAAGUUUAUGGCUAGAGAGAUCAUUGUAAUGAGGAGGCUUGAUCAUCCUAAUGUACUCAAGUUACAAGGCUUGAUCACUGCCUCUGCUUCUUCUUCUCUUUACUUGGUUUUCGAGUAUAUGGACCAUGAUCUCGUUGGACUUGCUUCCAUUCCCGGUAUCAAGUUCUCUCAGCCUCAGGUUAAAUGUUACAUGAAACAACUUCUAAGCGGGCUUCAUCAUUGUCACAGUCGCGGUGUUCUGCACCGCGAUAUAAAGGGAUCAAACCUACUUAUCGACAGUAAUGGGAUCUUGAAGAUAGCUGACUUCGGGUUAGCAACGUUUUUCGACCCGCACAACACUGUUCCCUUGACCAGCCGUGUUGUGACUCUAUGGUAUCGACCACCUGAGCUUCUUCUUGGAGCUUGCCAUUAUGGUGUUGGUGUUGAUUUGUGGAGCGCUGGCUGUAUCUUAGGCGAACUUUAUUCUGGGAAACCCAUCUUGCCUGGCAAAACCGAGGUGGAGCAACUGCAUAAAAUAUUCAAGCUGUGUGGUUCACCAACAGAAGAUUACUGGAGGAAGCUGAAGCUACCACCUUCAGCUGCCUUUAGACCCGCGCUUCCUUACGGACGUCGUGUAGCUGAGAUGUUUAAGGACUUGCCUACUAAUGUACUCUCGCUUCUGGAGGCUUUACUCUCUAUAGAUCCUGACCGGAGAGGCUCUGCAGCUAAAGCCCUUGAGAGCGAGUACUUUAACACAGAGCCGUUUGCUUGUGAUCCAUCUUCUCUACCGAAAUAUCCUCCAAGCAAAGAGAUUGAUGCUAAACUCCGCGACGAUGCUAAGAGGCAAGAGAAGAACCAAAGACAAGACUCUCAGACGAGACAAUCACAUGAAAGAAAACUUAUCCCGCCCCUAAGAGCUAAUCCAUCACUCACAGCGGCUAUGGAGAACCCUUAUCUAAGAACAUGUGUUCCUGGUCAUUCGGCGAGGCAAAUGCAGAUUACAAAGGACAUGAUGACCAGCAACAAUCCAACGAGUGGGAGAGUCUCUCACUCGGGUCCCAUGAUGAAGAACCGGAAUCACAGCCGGUUUACUUACAUGAAGGACAAUGCAGCUGCCCCUUCAAGCAGGGCUAACUUAGCAGGACAAAGCGGUGGUUCGCGUGUAGACACAACUGGCUCCUCAGAUCAAACAAUCAUGGAUCAGCAAAGGAGGAAUUUGAGAGCAUUCAACAGAGCUGACACUAUGGAUAAUAGUAAGAGGCAAAUCAAAAUCCCAAAUGACCCAUCUUGGUAUGAUGCUGGGGAUAACAAAAUGUACAUGUCGGGUCCAUUGCUGGCUCAACCAAGAAAAGUGGAUCAGAUGCUGGAAGAACACGAUCGGCAGCUCCAGGAAUUCACCAGACAGAAAGCAAAACAUUCCAGAAGCUGAUAGCAUAAUGUGUCUGAAUGAUUUUUGCUUAUUUUGCCCGGAAUGGACAAAAACAGAGAACAAGUUCGAGUCUUGUUGUAUCAAAGAAGAGUCUGCUGAGUUUUUUUUGAAAAAAAAAAAUUGUAAUAGAGAUUUAAAGUUGUUGUCUUUAUAAAAGGCGCAGCUCUGUGAUUAUAUAGAACAUGUAUACAGACUCAUGAUAGAGUUUGAUCUUUGUGUAGUACAUACAUGUAUGUACAUUUCUUCAUAUA